AUGAUGCCCACAGCCCUCCCGCCCAUGGCGACUCCGUUGCUUGACGAGACUGCCGUCGCCUCCUUGCCACAUCCUGCCCCUCCUACGAACAACAAUGCUACUUCCACCCUCAACAUUUCCGCCAUAGUCGAGUCCGCUGCGCCUCCGUCAACUCAGACCAAUGGGACCACGACGCCAUCCUCCCAUCCCCCGACCAGUACCAUUGUGAUUGUGUUCGGACCGAAUCAAGAACAUAUUGUGCACAUGGUGGCGGAAGUGCUUGGGAAACCAUGGACUACAGAGACAUCUCUAGCCACGCUGAACAGAGUCGGCGAUGUAAUCGUGGUGGGAGUUUGGGCGCAAAACCUCCACCGCAGUCUGGAGGGAUGUGAUAGGUCGUCACUCGUGUUAAUCAACACCCAUAGCGUGGAAGAUGGAUCUGCGCCGGAGGAUGAACUGUCAGAAACAUGCGACUAUGAAUUCCUGUACUCGCACAGUGCUUUCUUGCGUCGGGAUCUUACUCGGUUUUUAUCGUUGAUUCUGGGCCAGACGAGACCGCAUGAGGAUCUCCGCACUAAGACCCGGACGAAUUUCAUUUCGACGACCUUCCCGGAUGUUCAUGCUGCGCUACCGAAUUUGGAUAUUCUUUCUGUUGGCUCCGAUGCGGUUGAGAUACGUGUGGAUUUGUUGGUUGAGCCUGGGAAUGGAGCGGGAACAGUGCCGAGUCUUAGAUAUGUGGGACAGCAAUUGAUGCUGCUGAGACAGCAUACCGAAUUACCCAUUAUCUUUACUACACGAUGUACGAAGGAGAAUGGAAAAUUUCCCAUGGAGGAUCCCUCGUUGUUUUACAAGUAUCUGCGACGGGCGAUCCAGUGGGGUGUCGAGUAUGUUGAUGUGGAGCUGUGGUUGCCAGAGGAUAUCCGGCGACGACUGGCCCAAGUCAAAGGACAUAGUACCAUCAUGUCGGCUUUCCACGAUUUUUCCGGAAAGUGGAAGUGGACAUCGCCUGAAGCUCAGCGUAUCUUUGACGAGAGCACCAAGUAUGCCGACAUCGUCAAGAUGAUCGCCAUGGUCUCGACAAUGGAAGAAAAUUACGAGCUGGAGUAUUUCCGUUCGACCAUCAAAAAUCGUGGCUCAGGCCCUUUGUUAUCAGCCGUGAACAUGGGUCAGCAAGGCCAGCUCUCUCGUGCCCUCAACACUGUCUUCUCUCCAAUCACCCACCCUCUUCUCCCGAUGAUCGCGGCUCCAGGCCAAUUAACCGCAGCUGAGAUCAACGAGGCCCUGCACAUUAUGGGUCAACUACCGAAACGCGAUUUCUAUGCUAUUGGCUCCUUUCGCGCGACGCCGCAUUCCAUGUUUAUGGAGAAAUGUCUCAACGAGCUAGGUUUGCCGCACUCAUUUAACUCUAUCGAUCGUGGGCCCAAGGGCUCAAUGGAGGCUGUGAUUAUGCAGCCCCAGUUCGGUGGUGCAUCAGUCAACCCGCCAAUUCCCAGCUCGACGACCUAUAUCCCAGUCAUCAGUGACGCGGCUCGUGCCAUCGGCCUCGUCGACACCAUCGCUGUCAAUACAGUCAGAGAUGGAUCAUCAAAUGGCACACCCCGUUUCAUAGGUGAGAAUACCGCUUGGAAGGGCAUCCGCGCAACUUUAACGCGGGACCACGUUCCAUCCGCAUACCGCGGCCGAGCCGCAAUCAUCCUUUCAGGAUCCGAAACGGACGCAUCAGCUGCUAUCUUUGCACUGCGCAAUCUUGAAAUCGGUCCUAUCUAUACCGUCGGAUUUAAAGCCUCUGGCGCCUUGGCCGCUGGCCUGGAACCAUUUACAUCAAUUCAAUCUGUGAAAUUGGUCGAGCAGCCUUUUGUCAUCGUCUCCGCCCUCCCGCCGGAGAAAUCCCUCUUGGUCCAGCCGCUUCUGCGCCACUAUCGUAGUAACGGUCGGUCAUCCCCAACUACCACGCGCGGAAAGGUUUAUCUAGAUUUAACUACCGGAUCGAGGAAGGGUGAUCCGCUUGCUGUGGCUACUAGUGCUGGGUGGACUGCAUAUGGGUCGGAGGAUGUUAGUGCUUGGACUACUGUUGAGACUUUGCGGUUGCUUGUUGGGCAGAAUGUGCCAUUUGACUUUGUACGCAUGGCGUCUGGGCGCUCCCUUUUCUAG